CCAACCUUCACCAAGACAGCUCGCCGUCAUCGUCGUUGCCAACGCUCUUGCUAUCCCCUUCCCCUCCCCUUCUUCUUUCCUCCCUCCUCCCUGCUCUGUCUAGUGCUUUUCCAGAAUUAUUUUUCGACCUGCCCCUCUUUUCUUCUCUUCUCUUUCUAGAUCUUAUCCGUCCUUGCUCCCGCCAUGCCGGCCACCACGGCGGACGCGCUCUCCCUCGUCACCCGCACUGUCUCCGUUGCUCCCCUAGUCCUUCUCUCCGUUGCAGAUCACUAUGGCCGGUCCGCCAAGGGUACUCGGAAACGUGUGGUUGGCGUGCUUCUAGGCGAGAAUACCGGUCAGAAUGUUCGAGUAUCAAACAGCUUUGCAGUUCCAUUUGAAGAGGAUGAGAAGGAUCCGUCGGUUUGGUUCUUAGAUCACAACUUCAUUGAAUCGAUGAGAGACAUGUUCAAGAAGAUCAACGCCCGUGAGAAGCUCGUCGGAUGGUACCAUUCGGGCCCUAAACUUCGGGCCUCUGAUCUUGAGAUAAAUGAACUACUCAAGAAAUAUACGCCAAACCCCUUACUGGUGAUCAUCGAUGUGCAACCGAAGGAGGUUGGCGUCCCUACGGAUGCCUAUUUUGCUGUUGACGAAAUCAAGGACGAUGGCACGACAACUUCCAGGACAUUCGUCCAUACCCCGUCCAUAAUCGAGGCCGAAGAGGCCGAGGAGAUUGGUGUGGAACAUCUACUCCGUGACAUUAGGGACGUUGCUGUCGGAACGCUCUCCACCCGCAUAACCUCGCAACUGCAAUCAUUGCAAGGACUCCAUCUACGGCUGCGCGACAUUGGGCAAUACCUACAGAAGGUCCUCGACCAUGAGCUACCCAUCAAUCAUGCUAUCCUUGGCAACCUCCAAGAUGUCUUCAAUUUGCUUCCCAAUCUUUCGACGCCGGGAACCACCGCUGCAUCGCGUAUUGAUGGUGCAGAGCAGCAGAUCGAGAAUAGCGAGCUUGCCCGGGCAAUGAGCGUGAAGACAAAUGACCAGUUGAUGGCAAUCUACCUGAGCAGCCUUAUCCGUGCCAUCACAGCAUUCCAUGACCUGAUAGAAAAUAAGAUUCAGAAUCGGCAGCAGCAGGAAGAGUCGGAGUCAAAGAAGGAACAGGAAACAUCUCCUUCGAAGAACGACAAGGAUGCCACUAAGAAGGCAGACGAAGCAGUGAAUGGAGAACAGAAGGAUGAAGAAUAUACUUCAAAGGAGAGUUCUAGAAAGAAGCCACAAUGAAAGGAUGAACCUUUUCUUUUCAAGUCAUGGUGUUGAGCCGGAUUGGGGCUGCUUAGAGCAAGUCGUUCCGGGGCGGAAUGUAUAAUAUGGUUAAUCUUAAAACACAUCUAGAUACAUUUCUAGCUGGGUAUGACAACAUUGGCCAUGGGGCAUAGCUGCUCCUCUUUUUCUCUUGUAAGACUUUCCGGAAUCGUGGCACGCCUUAAUCAGGUAUUCCCAGUGAUUCAGAAUGGACUACAUUGAAUGACUGUGGCAGUACCCAUGUAUUGCGAGCGAGUCAUCCAGCUUCGCCCGUCAUACAGACAAGGUAUCUGCAAAUUGCAAUUGAAAAGAAGGGUCCUCGAAAGGAAUAGACGUAUAUGGGUGCCAGAAGAAGCCCUUGCUUUCAAGUGCGGUCUUUGUCAGCCGUAUGCAGAGAGGUCGGGACCUUCUUCGCUUGUGUAGAAUUCUCAGAUCUGGAAGACAGCAAGCAACCUGUUGGUUUAUAGCCGCUCUGCAUCAAGAUCAAUGUAGCAUUGUUGAUCACUUAGUGAGAUUAUUCACACAAAGCAAAAUAGACUCCCUGCUGGAGGCACAGUCCGACCCAAAUAACUCAUUCAGCCCAUCCAGCACACCACGCAAUCAGCUCCCACGUACUGGCAGGACGGUCUUCCACGCCCCUUCCAAAGAGGGCAGGGCAACGCGCCGCCAAAAGACAGGCAAGAAGGUGCUUGCAAACACAUAAUGGAGAUGAUCGGGAUACAGUCAGAGAUCCACCAAAGAGAUAGCCCUGGUGCUGUGAUGGGUCGUCAUCAUUGUGAUUUUGAGAAGAUUCGAGUGAGUCCUUGCCAGGUCCGGGUUCGGGAAUUGACGGCUCGGGGUCCUGGAAGGUGGAAAGUGUGAAGUUUGGACAUGUGCAGUUCCACGCGCGCAAGCGGACUUCGUAGCUCUUAGUAGUAUGCUCUCGUGAGGAGGUGAAUUGAGAUUGAGAUUGAGCUGGUUGCGGUGAGGAUGUGGAUAUGACGAAGAAAGUCUCCUCACCUUCCACUAUGAGGCGUCGUAUCAGUUUCCGGUCCAGGAUGUCCAGGGCCAGAAGCAAUUCGUUCGGAAAGAGGCAAUGCAGAGUUAGCAGGAGUGGCUUGACUUUUGAUAGCUGAGGCAAUGGAAGGGAAGAAAGGGGGUUUUCAAUUCGGCCCUGAUCGUGACUUCUUCGGCUUGGACUUGGCUCGUAGCCAGGUAUACUGUCAUGGCUAUCUUCAGGGAGCUCACAGUCAGAAAGUUGUACUAUUAGACGGUCAACAAACCGUGAAGCAGAAGGAAGAUGAGUAUUGGGGAUGUGAG